AGGCAGGCUCAGUGGGCGAAGAUGUCACAUAGCCGUGAUUAACCUGGGGGAGCAGCUGAAAUAUUGAUAAGGGGGAAAACGGAAAUCAAAUGAAAAGUAGAGGGCACAGAAGAGAGGGAAAGGGAAGCACGUACUGGAGCUGCGAGCGCUGCAGAAGCCCCCUGAGGAAAUGCCUGGUUGAUGCAGCCUGUCUGGAUGGGCUGGGAAUUCUGACUCCAGCGCUGCUUUGGAUCUAACAAGUUUAAUCUCUCCUUUGCAAAACUGCAGCGGCAGGGUAGUAACCCACAGCUGGUGGGGAGUUUUGGUUUUGGUCUCAACCUGGAUCUUUACAAACUGGUCUGCCACUGGUUGAGGGGAAAGGGUAUCAAAGAUCAAUUUUAGGACCUUUAAAAAUCUCUGUUAAACACGUAAGGAUGUUUCAGACUGUACCAGACACUUCGUCUUACGUCAAGGUAAGACAUGACAGCAUCUUUAAACAGGAGGCCCUGUCGGUGGUGAGCGACGACCAGUCCCUCUUUGACUCCACAUACGGCGCUGCCACUCACCUCCCCAAGGCAGACAUGACAGCCUCAGGGAACCCUGACUAUGGCCAGCCACACAAAAUCAACCCUUUACCUCCUCAGCAGGAGUGGAUUAACCAGCCAGUCCGGGUCAAUGUUAAAAGAGAAUAUGACCACAUGAAUGGAUCAAGGGAGUCCCCUGUAGACUGUAGUGUGAACAAAUGCAGCAAGCUCGUCGGAGCAGGCACAGAGUCCAACCCAAUGAGUUACAGCACCUACAUGGAUGAGAAGAACGGGCCUCCUCCCAACAUGACCACCAAUGAGAGGAGAGUCAUUGUCCCAGCAGAUCCCACUCUAUGGACCCAGGAUCACGUGCGCCAGUGGCUGGAGUGGGCCAUAAAAGAGUAUGGAUUAAUGGAGAUUGACACCACCUUCUUCCAGAAUAUGGAUGGCAAAGAGCUCUGCAAAAUGAACAAGGACGACUUCCUCCGAACCACCUCCCUCUACAACACAGAAGUUCUGUUGUCUCACCUCAGUUACCUCAGGGAAAGUAGCUCACUGCUGGUCUACAAUACUCCAUCCCACGCAGAAGCUUCCUCACGUCUUGCCACCAAAGAAGGUCCUCCUGUUGCAGGGACACAAAAUGUGAACAAGACCACAGAACAGCAACGGCCCCAGCCAGAUCCUUAUCAAAUCCUGGGGCCCACCAGUAGCCGUCUUGCCAAUCCUGGGAGUGGGCAGAUACAACUGUGGCAGUUCCUCCUCGAGUUGCUGUCGGACAGUUCCAACGCCAGCUGCAUCACGUGGGAAGGGACCAAUGGGGAAUUCAAGAUGACAGACCCAGAUGAAGUGGCACGGCGCUGGGGAGAGCGCAAAAGCAAGCCCAACAUGAAUUAUGACAAGCUGAGCCGAGCCCUUCGAUACUACUAUGAUAAGAACAUUAUGACCAAAGUGCAUGGCAAAAGGUAUGCCUACAAAUUUGACUUUCACGGCAUUGCCCAGGCCCUCCAGCCUCAUCCCACUGAAUCGCCAAUGUACAAGUAUCCAUCAGAUCUCUCCUACAUGCCUUCUUACCAUGCCCACCAGCAGAAGGUGAACUUUGUACCCCCACACCCUUCUUCCAUGCCUGUCACAUCAUCCAGUUUCUUUGGAGCAGCCUCACCUUAUUGGACCUCCCCUGCUGGAAGCAUUUAUCCAAACCCCAACGUUCCUCGCCAUCCCAAUGCCCACGUGUCACCACACUUGGGCAGCUAUUACUAGAUGCGUUUCUCUUCGAGUGGCCUUAAUCAGUCUUGUUGGACCUUCUCUUUUUUUUUUACAUCUGGGAUUUUUUGUUUCAUUUUUCUGUGGACCCUUGAUGGAUAAUUGUGGCCUUUCUGGGACAGAAGUAAAACUGGAUAUUGGCUAUUCCUGGAUCAAACCUUCUACUUUUGUAAUUCUGCCUCUUGUGUCCUGAACUGAGAGAUGGAUGCUUCUUUGGGCCAGUACUCUGCAUUUUUCUUUGGUUUUUAACGCUUAAAUCCUCUGUAGGAAUUGACUAUGAAGAUUGUUCAUCGUUACCUGGAAUGACUAUUAGCUUUUUGAUGAAUUUUUUUAAGAAUUCAAAGCUGGUUGACAAGACAUGGAUCCAACUGUGGGUCUUAGGAAAACAUGACUACAAUUAUUUUCUCGCUUUGGAGAGGGUAAGAAUUUGACUACAAAGUCAGGAGGACCUUGGGCUGCAGGGGACUACAACUGGAAUCUUAGCUUUAAGGCAGAUGAGGAUGUUCACCCAACUGGAAAUAAAAUAUAUGUAUUCAUAUAUAUAUAUAUAUAUAUGUUCAUGCAUAUUUUAAGAAGUAAAGGGCAUUGAAGGGAAUUUCUAGGCUGUACAACUUCAGUAGACUGUGUAUUAACUCCAGAAACACCAGAAACCAGAGCAAAAAAGUAACUUGACGUCAUGCACAUACGUUCUCUGAAAGCAAAAGUGAAGUGGGACAGAUGACAGCAGGUCCUUGAGCUCUGCCAGAGCCUGGGGUCGCCAACCGCUACCGAUUCGCGAACGCUGUGCGUUUGUCAG